UCUUGAAUGCCUAUCUCUUCCUAUAGUUUCCUCUCAGCUAAGAACCGGAACCUUAGAUUUAUGGACACGUCAAAGUUUCAUUGUCUUACCUCUUAAUUGACAAGCAACAUUGCACAACUUCAGGAAAACUUUUUAAACGUGAUAUGAGUAAAGACAUAAAGCUGCAUCGUUUUUCUGUGCAUUCUCUAGUUUUCCUCUGGUAACAUUGCGCUGACUUUGAUGGUUAAUGUGUUAUGCAACUUUUUUUAUCUCCAUGUUCUCUUGGAUCAUGGAAAGAGUGGAUUGUUGAUGAUUUUGUUGUGAGCUACAUUGGAGCUGUACUCAGCUGGUUCAGAAGCUCUGGUAAAUGGCUGAAUCCAAAUUAAAAUUGGAGGUGGUGGAGUGGUUAAAUUCUAUGCUCCCCCAUAUAAAUUUGCCCCUGGAUGCUUCAGAUGAGGAAUUGAGAACAUGCUUGAUUGAUGGAACCAUUCUAUGCAGCAUGUUGGAUAAAUUAUGCCCUGGGGCAGUUCAGGGAGGCAAUUGUAAGCCUAUCAAUUCUAACAUUGAGAGUUUUUUGAUAACUCUGGAUGAACUAGGACUUCCUGGCUUUGAACCAUCUGUCUUAGAGCAGGUAAUUGCUUUUGUUUGA